AGGUCUGUUUCUUAGCUCUCAGCACUUUAACAAGACUACGGACUCACAAUGACCGGCCACAAGUGGGGUUAUGGUGAAGAGGAUGGUCCAUCCACCUGGGACAGAGCCUACCCCAUUGCUCAAGGUGCACGCCAGUCACCCAUUAACAUUGUUCCUGAAGAGGCAGUUUUUGACAGCCGGCUCCCUCCUAUCUUCCUCAGCUAUGAUAACUGCACCUCACUCAGCAUAUCCAACAACGGACAUUCUGUAGUGGUGGAGUUUGAGGACGGGGACGACAGAUCAGUGAUAAACGGAGGCCCACUUGAGAACGCCUACCGACUCAAACAGUUUCACUUCCACUGGGGAGGAAAAGGCUGCGGCGGCUCUGAACACACCGUCCGAGGCAAAACCUACGCUUCCGAGCUACAUCUUGUGCACUGGAAUGCAGUUCGCUAUCAAACGUUUGGUGAAGCUGCUGUAGCUCCUGAUGGUUUGGCUGUGCUUGGCAUCUUUUUGGAGAUGGGAGAUGGACACAGAGAUCUACAUGCCAUAACAGAUGCCUUAUAUAUGGUGAAGUACAAGGGAAGCGUUGCUAAUUUUAAAGGUUUCAACCCAAAGUGUCUCCUGCCCUCUGAUUUAAACUUCUGGACCUACCCUGGCUCACUGACCACUCCUCCACUGUUUGAAAGCGUCAUGUGGAUUGUUCUGGCACAACCUAUUCAAGUCUCUGACAAACAGAUGGGGAAGUUCAGGAUGUUGCUGUUUAGUGCUGAAGAGGAGGAACUGAAGAAACGCAUGGAAAACAAUUUCCGACCUCCACAACCGCUGAGAGGCAGAACCGUCCGCACCUCCUUUAAGUAG